AUGCAUUUCUCAAGCAAGCCACUCUUUCUCUCUCUGUUUCCAUUUGCCCUCGCGCAGUAUGGUGGAGGUGGAGGAACCGCAAGUAGUUCCACCACAACCUCUGUAGCGUCUGCAACAACAUCCUCUGCUCCCGGGGUGCAAACCGUAACCGUCGGUGAUAACAAUGCGAUCGCAUUCUCGCCAGACACUAUUACAGCGGCCGUUGGGUCUAGUAUUGAAUUUGUAUUCUUCCCGCCUAUCCAUUCUGUCACCCAGUCCACUUUCGAGUCUCCAUGCGCCCCUUUGGCCAAUGGAACAGGAUUCUGGAGUGGAGCAAUUACUACUGCAAGUGGACAAAACGCCAACGUUUUUACUCUCAUCGUUAAUGAUACAAAUCCAAUUUGGUUUUUCUGUGCAACCCCACUUCAUUGUGAGACUGGCAUGGCUGGGGUCAUUAAUCCUUCAUCCAACGCUUCAGAAUCGCUUGACCAAUACAAAGCUAGCGCUGCCAAAGUUUCAAACCCGCCUACCCCGUCGGUCGUUCAAGGUGGCAGUAUUGGGCCACCUCAAGCCGCGAGCAGUAGCUCAUCAGCCGCGAGCAGUAGCUCAUCAACCUCGUCAGCAGCCACUACGACCCCGACAAAGAGUGCUGGCGUAAAUAGCUUCGAGAGUAGAGGUAGUGCUCAGUGGGUCCUUAUGGCACUCGGUCUAUUAGCUGUUGGGAUUGGGGGUUUGAUCAUUUGAGCAUGGCCUCGUAUUUUAGCCUACCCUGG